AUGUUUCAAAUGCCGGGGCAGUCCCAAGGGCUACCCGACGGUGUCGGCGACAGACCGACUGAGUCGGCGAGGUGCGCGGGCGGCUGCAAGCGCGGGCGUCGCUGGAAUGGCAGGACAUUGCCAUCGUCGAUCAGCUCGGUUGGGCUCUGGCGCUGCGAGGGUCUGACGGAAGUGCGCUGCGGAGGCCGUGGGAGCUGGUUUGUGGGCACCAAGGGCGUGGGAGGCAUGGGAGGGACCACCGCGCCGUGGCAUACCGCGAUACGAAAGUCCCUACACGACUCGAAGAACAAGGACAUCGGGCCUGCCGUCAAGUUCGUGAGCCUCGCGACUGUGCGGGACGGCAAGCCUCGAUGCCGCACCGUCGUCUUCCGCGGCUUCUUGGAGCACAGUGACACCGUGACGUUCGUGACGGACGCACGCAGCGCAAAGGUUGAGGACGUGAGGAGCAAUGACUCCGUGGAGAUGUGCUGGUACUUUGCGGGCACGCGCGAGCAGUACCGGCUUCAUGGCACGUGCAAGAUCGUAGACAGCGCAGAGCAGGAUGCAGCGUUGGCUGGUGCGAGGCAAAAGGCCUGGAUGAACAUGUCGGACGACGCAAGAACGCAGUUCGCGUGGCCAGCCCCGGGCACUCGGAGGGACGACAGCGGCGCGUUCGUCGUGGAGCGGGGGGAGGUCCACAUCGACAAGCCGCUCGACACGUUCUGCCUGAUGUUGAUGGACGUGCAGGAGGUCGACUACGUGGCGCUGUUUGAGAACAAGCGCAAGGUGUUUCGGAGAGAGAUCGGGGAGCUCGGGAAGGGCUGGCGAGAAGAGGACGUCAAUCCGUAG